AUGGCGGCCCCGCUGGCGGCUCCGGGGGGCACCGGGGCGGCGGCGGCUCCGGGUCCGGGUCCGGGUCCGGGUCCGGGGCGGGGGGGGCGCGGGCCGGCGCUGCGGGAGGGGGCGCGGGUGUCGGCGCUGUGCCUGGCCUGGUACGGGCUGAGCGCGGGCGGGAACGUGGUGAACAAGCUGCUGCUCGGCGGCUUCCCGCGGCCCGUCACCGUCUCCUUGUUCCACAUCCUGGGGCUCUGCGGGCUCCUGCCGCCGCUGCUGCGCGCAUGGCGGGUGCCGCCCGCCGGCCCGGCCCAGCUGCCGCCCCGCGCGUACCCCCGCUACAUCCUGCCGCUCGCCUUCGGCAAGUACUUCGCGUCCGUGUCCGCGCACGUCUCGCUAUGGAGGGUCCCGGUCUCCUACGCGCACACAGUCAAAGCGACAAUGCCGAUCUGGGUGGUUCUUCUGUCGCGGAUCAUUAUGAAGGAGAAGCAGACAACGAAGGUGUACUUGUCUCUGAUCCCCAUAAUAACCGGUGUCCUGUUGGCCACCGUCACGGAGCUUUCCUUUGACAUGUGGGGGCUCAUCAGCGCGCUUGCGGCUACGCUGUGUUUCUCACUUCAGAACAUCUUCUCGAAGAAGGUGUUAAGAGACUCCCGAAUACAUCAUCUUCGGUUGCUGAACAUACUCGGGUGCCAUGCUGUGUUCUUCAUGAUCCCAACGUGGGUUUUGGUAGAUCUUUCUUCCUUCUUAGUGGAGAAUGACUUGAGUACGAUGUCUCACUGGUCCUGGACCUUGAUGCUGCUUAUUAUCAGUGGAUUCUGUAACUUUGCCCAGAAUGUCAUUGCCUUCAGUAUCCUGAACCUGAUCAGCCCGCUAAGUUACUCGGUCGCAAAUGCCACCAAACGAAUCAUGGUCAUCACAGUGUCCCUUAUAAUGCUUCGCAAUCCGGUUACGAGCACCAACGUCCUUGGGAUGAUGACAGCCAUCCUGGGGGUCUUCUUGUAUAACAAGACCAAGUACGAUGCAAACCAAGAGGCAAAGAAGCAGUUACUUCCAGUUACAACUGGAGACCUUGUGAACCUAGACCGGCAUCGGAACACUCCCGAGAAGUCUCAGAACGGACUUACUGCAUUUGCACCACACGGAGACUAUCAGUAUGGUCGAACCAAUAUCCUAACAGACCACUUCCAGUAUAGCCGGCAAAACUAUCCAACCACGUACAACUUAAAUCGGUUUGAUAUAUAGAGUCCUGGCAAACAGGUACAGACUGUGAUAUCAGAGUGUCCCCAGCAUUAUCAGAAACUUUUUAGUACAUCCAUGAAUGUAAAGCCAUUUUAUUGUACAGGUUUUGCAGAAGGGAAGAUGCAUGUGUAGUGAAAGUGGUACAGACCUUCAACUUCUGCUGAGCAGAGCUUGGACAUGAAACAGCUCCAUCUGACACUGGAACUAAACACGCGGUGUAGCUCUUGUACAGAGAUCCUGGUGAAUGCGCGUACGUAACUUCAGAGUAAAAUACCUGCUGUUGCUGCUCCUUUUCAGAGUCUGUCAACUGAUGAUUCUUUUGGCAGCUGAAUUCUGGCCAGUAUUUUCUUUCCAUGCUGGUAACGUCACCUUUGAUUUGUUCUCUGAUAUGUUUUAGUGAUGCUUUUAAUGAAACUUUCAAAAAGAAGUGGAACUUCUGGUUAGCAGGAUUUGUCUCUUUGAGGAGGAUCGACUCGGUUGCAGGUAGGGUAGGCCUGAAUUCAUCUUGAGCAACUACCAAACUUAAUGAGGGUAUUAACUACUCCUGCACCUCUGCCUUCUGCUUUUGACGGUGAACCAGAAGUGUUUCUGAAAGAGCUGGCAGUAGAAUGAUUGAUCUCUUCAGAAAGCAGGCUUGAGGCACAGAGAAACACAGUUCUCUAAAAUCACGGUUGUCCCACUCACUGUAGAUAACAAACAGAGCUUAAAUUCAUCAUUGUUUCCUGAAUAAUGUCAUCCUGUAACUUCAGAACUUGCUCUUGGCAAUACAGAAAAUGCCUUCACAAAUAAAGUGUUUGGAAUAAGAUGAUUUAUUUUUUUAAUUGCUUCAUACCUGCUCUUACAAAACUCCUUUGUUGCUUUAGAAAUUGAAAGGUUUAAGGUGUUUUCUUCAGGAAUUAUGUUCUCUUAUAUGCUUCAUAUAUUAUGAAUGCAUUCAUUUGAAUCAUCAUUUGAAUUGUUUCUCAAGUCUAUUUUUUUAGCCCCUGAUUGUUAAGUUCCUUAACUACUGCUGUUGGAGUUGCUGUGUGCAUUUAGCCUGACUUCCAUUUUCCACUGAAAGAAGUUAAAGUGUGUGUUCUGCAACUCCCCUAGCUCAGAUAGUAACUUAUUAAGAAAAAAGUAUUUAAAUCAGCAUUAAAGAGUUAAUUUAUGGUUAGGAAGAACUGAUUCAGUUAGUAGAAAUGAAUUAAUUCUAGACAAGUUGAUUGUUGUGUGUCAGGUACUGCAUUUGUGCAUGAAAGGAAUGAAAGCAGGUGACUUGGGUUUCACUUCAUCAGGCUGGUACUGUUAGUACUUUAGCAAAAGAAGAUUUUAGGGUCUUCUGAUCAGAAAAGCUGUUGUACAGUGAGAGCUUUGAUAGAAUUAAGUACUAUGUUUGUACUAGAGAGGUGUUAGACACCAGUGGCAAAAUCUAGGGUGUUGUACAGAGCACUCCAUCUAUUUAUUGCUUUAAAAACUUUCAUGAUGUAAGAUGAUGAUUUGGCUCCUUUCUGGAUAAUAAAGAAUUUAUUUUUAA